GCAUUUGUUGUUAUUUAACCCACAAACUUUCAUAGAAACCAAACAAAAGGAGAAAUGGAGCUUCACCACCAUUUUAGCCAUCAACGUCCUUUGGAGUUCAUCGAAGAGCACAACCUUAAAAGUGAGAAGGCUAAUUGCUCAGGAUGUGGGGAGUUGGUUUCAGGUCCAAGCUUUAGUUGUACAGAAUGUGGGUUUUACCUUGACAAGAAAUGCUUCGAGGCCUCCUCAGAGGUAAAUCACCCCUUUCAUCCCAACCAUAGCCUUAAACUUUUAGCAAGUCCACCAUACAUAGGUUCAUGGGGUAUUUGUGAUUUUUGUGACAAAAGAUGUGAGCAAUUUGUUUAUCAUUGUUCAUGUAAGUUAGACUUUCAUAUAAAAUGUGCUUUGUUUUCAAAAACCAUUGCUGAAAAUAAGGUCGGGGAGCUUGAAGGUGUUUCCCAAAAAGAUCUAUUGGUCUCUUCUGAAAAUGGUUCCGAGGAACUUGAAGAAACCGAGUGCUUUGCAUGUAGGAAGCCAUUACUAGAUUCUCCAUACCUUUCUUUUGAUUCUAGAUUUCAUUUGCAUAAAAAAUGUCUUGAUAUACCUACUGAAGUCAAUCAUCUUUUUCAUAGCCAACACCCUCUAGUUUUACAAUUCAAUAGUCAGCGUCUCCCUUGUCAAAUUUGCAAAACAACACAACCUCGGGGACUAGUCUAUUGUUGUUCACCUUGUUCGUUUGCCAUUCAUAUUGCAUGUGUUGAGCGACCAACUAGAAUUGACCACCCAUGUCACCGGGAGCAUUCUGUUGUUUUACAGCUUAAUUUGAAAUCUCUCCUUUGUCAAAUCUGUCAUGAAACACAUGAUUUGUCACCUGCUUAUUAUUGUUCCGCAUGCAAUUUUGGCAUUCACGUUCAAUGUGUCUCUCCAGCACCUACUAUCAAAGGUGAAAUUCAUGAACAUCCGUUCACCUUGUUUUGGAGACAAGUCCCUUUCAUUUGUGACGCAUGUGGAACAAGUGGAGAUUAUAUCUCUUAUAUUUGUUCUCCAUGUGGCCUUAUAGCUCAUGAAAAGUGCAUUUUGUUGAAAUCCAUCAUCAAAAGGUUUCCACGACAUGGUCACCAAAUUUCCCACACAUUCAUCCAUAGGAAACAUGAGAUCAAAUCUUGGAAAUGUCGAAUUUGCUAUGAGGAGGUGAAUUCGAAGCAUGGAUGUUAUUGUUGUUCUGAUUGUAAUUAUAUUGUCCAUACAAAUUGUGGAAUAAAAGAUUACAGUUGGUACGACAUAGUCGAUGAUGAGUUAGAAGAAACAGGUGAGUUGCUUAACAAUUCAGCCUUUGUUGUUAUUAGAGAGACCAAGCUUGGAGAAAAUAUUGUAAUACCCACAGAGAUAAAACAUUUAAGCCACCAUCACAACUUAAUUUUCGGCAAUGAUGUUGAGGGUGAUAGAUAUUGUGAUGGCUGCAUAUUGUUCAUCUCAACUUCAUUUUAUCAUUGUGGACAAUGUGAUUUCUUUCUCCAUAAAUCAUGUGCCGAAUUGCCUAAGAAAAUGUACGAUUGGAAUCAUAUUCACCAACGUCCCCUCACUCUUAAUUUACAUGCUGAAUUUUGGUGUGUUUCAUGUAAAUAUCUGUUCAAUAAUUGUUUCUCCUAUGAUUGUAAUGUGUGUGGGGAUCGUACCUGCGAUCCUUGUGUUCAAUUUUCGGAUAGCGUCAUAUGUCAAGGGCAUGAACACCGCCUUUUCUUUUACGAUAAGUAUGAAGGGCAAUGCAAUAGCUGUGGAUGGAAUCUAACGGGUGGGUUUGUAUGCAAAGAGUGCAACUUUGUUGUGGAGGACAAAUGUCUCAAGCUUCCCGACAAGAUUCAACACAAGUGUGAUGAACAUCCCCUCAUUCUCACGUAUGGUGAAGACAACAUUUAUUCAGAGUACCAUUACUGUGAUAUCUGUGAAAUAAGAAGAAAUCCAAGCCGUUGGUUUUACCGCUGUGCAAUUUGUGACAAAUCAGUCCAUAAAUAUUGUGUUAUUGAUGCAUACUCAUAUAUGAAGAUCGGAAAGACCUACACAACAAUGGAUCACUCACACCCACUCACUUUCACCCGAAAGGUCUAUGAUUACCCUCCUAAAUGCCAUAUAUGUGAGGAGCACUGCCAAGAUCUAUCUGCUGAGUGUCUAGAGAAUGGGUGUAACUACAUUGUUCAUUGGAAAUGUAUAGACCCUUAUAGAAGGCGAGACUUACAGUUGUGGUCUGAGGCAGAAGACAAAGAGGCUCAUGAUUGAUAUAUUGUUCUCUGCACCCAAGUUUCUAGAAAAGAAAAAGCAAUCACUUUGUUGGUUAGUACAUGAAAGUCCAUUAAUGUAGUGUUAUUGUGUGUUGUUUUAUGGUUUUUAUUGUAAAUAAAAUGUGGUGCUAGUGUGACAUGUUUGUAAAUAAUUUGGAAUUGAAAGAUUGACUAUCUUUUAUAGUUUGUGCUUAGUUUGAUGUUGGAGCAAUUGAUUUUGUAUCUCUUGGAGA